AUGUGGAAGAUAAUUCAGGAGGCCUUUGAGCAUUCCAAUACACGCUGCCCUGACAUUCCUGCUGAGGAAAGUCUUCUUGACUUCUUUCGUCGCAAACUUCCAGAACACAUACCUGACGCGGAACCGGAUCACCUCAAGGCCCGCACAAUCGUGUUGCAGUUGGCCGAGUCCUGGGGCGCCUUCGUGGGUAGUCCGGUGUCCACCCAGAGUCUCAGGUUCUUCUGGCUCGAGGAGUGCAUCGAUGGCGGAACCUUAUUCUGCGCCGACACCUACCGUAAGAUACUGAAAACGGUCGCGAGACCUGCCCAAGAGAAAGCGACUAUCAUGUUGGGCACCAAGAUCACCAGGUUUGAUAUACGGACGUCGGGCAGCUCAAGGCCUCGGGUCCAUACAGAGGAAGGCCAAACCCUAGAAUUCGAUGAAGUGGUCUGCACAGCUCCACUAGGGUGGCUGAAGAAGAACCUGGAUGCCUUUCACCCCUUGCUACCAGAUCGUCUCCAACAAAGUAUUGCAGCCAUAGGCUAUGGGUGCUUGGAGAAAGUGUAUAUUAGUUUUCCUCAGCCGUUCUGGUUGACCCCUGAUAAGACCGGGCGUGUUAUGCAAGGCUUCGGCCAGUGGCUCACCCCAAAGUAUGCACUGGAGUCCAACCCGACACGUUGGAGCCAGGAGGCUGUUGAACUCGCUUCGCCAAGUCUUGGAACCUCGCAUUCAACGCUCCUCUUCUACAUCUUUGGAAACGAGUCUCGGUUCAUCACGCAGCAGGUCGGUAGUUUGGAGACGAAGCAAACACGCGACGAUUUCCUUCGGAUCUUCUUCAAACCAUACUACUCUCGAUUGCCUCAGUAUGACGAGUCGUCUGCAGAUUGCUUACCGACUGCCUUCCUAUCGACGGAUUGGCUCCAUGAUGAUCUCGCAGGGAACGGCAGCUACUGCAACUUCCAGACGGGCCUCGCGCGGGGUGACGACGAUAUUCGGGCCAUGCGUGAGGGGCUUCCCGAAGCCGGUUUAUGGCUUGCGGGGGAGCAUACGGCGCCGUUUGUCGCCCUGGGCACAGCGACGGGGGCAUACUGGAGUGGCGAGAAUGUCGGGCGAAGAAUAGCAAGGAUGCACGGGCGAGACCCACGAGCGUAG